AUGUCUGAUGAGGAACACAAAUCAGAAUUUCUCGACGUGUUUAAUGACAUCAUGAAUAAAAUUAAUGAACUACCUUUACACCCGAAAAAUAAAAUUCUACUAUAUAGUCGUUACUUGCUGUCAAAGAUAUCCUGGGACUUCACUGUUUCUGAUAUAUCUAAGACCUGGAUCUGCGAAACGUUAGACAGUAUUGCGACAAAAUAUAUCCGAAAAUGGCUGGAACUUCCUGUCUCUGCAACCCUUAGCAACGUGUUGCUUCCACAAAACAAAUUUGGUCUGAAUAUUAUUCUCUCUUCGACAAAAUUUAUCCAAUGUCAAACUGUCUCUCGAUCAGCUUUAAAAUACUCACCAAACAUAGAUAUUAACAAUCUAUGGGCGGUGACGAGCACCAACAAGAACAUACAGUAUGACAUUUACAAAGACACAAAAGACGUACUUAAGGCAGUUAGAAAAGAAAACGAACAAAGACUUCAAAACCACCUCAUUUCGCAAGGUUCUUUCUUUUCCAGUAUCAUGAAUCAUUCCACAUCCACAUUCAACUCUUUAUGGUCAGCCGUUCAGAGCAAACUUCCGAAAAACAUUUUUAACUUCACCAUCCGAUAUAUCAAUAACACACUUCCAACACGAAAGAAGUUAAGAACCUAUCAAAAUGGGGACUAUCAUCAACAUCCGAUUGUUCUUUCUGCUCCUCACCUGAAACGCUGCUCCAUGUGA